CAGUAUUCCAAAUCCCGAUCCCGACUUUAUGACAAAAUCCCGAUACCGCUGAACUCUAUGAGUAUAAAAGCAAACAGAUCACUUAAACAUAUAAUCCUCUUCAACAUUAUUCAAAUCUUCUCUACAUUUCAAUUUUCUUCAAAAAAUAUGAAAGUGAUCCUUGCGUUUAUCUCAAUGGUGGCGAUUCUCGGAGUCAAUACAGCCCAAAACGACACAGCAACGACAACAUCAACAGCGACAAACAUUACGAAACCUACAUCCACGGUCAACAAUCCGCCGCCCUCUCCUCCUCCAACAAAUGGGACAGAUCCAGUGCCUUUAGAAAGCCAUAGCACAACAAACAAAGUGGAUGGAGCCAAUACCAAAAAUAUUAGUGAAUGCCCUAUCACCGCAAGACUUUACGACAAUAUUGGAGAGAAAGGAGAUGGGAACAAUAAAAAGAAUUGUACAGAGCCUGGAUGCUUCUUCAUCUAUGAACAGAAGAAUCUUGGUUGGGAUUUUCCUUCAUUUCUGAUUGGGAAUAAAAGAAGAGGGGUGUUGCUUUACCUGACUGGAUGUAUUUACGACAUUCCUCAUCUUCUAGAGCGAACCAAAGGAAAAGGGCGGAUCAAUCAAGCAUUGAGAGCAGUUCGAGCCUGCUAUAUUGGGAAGAGAAGGGAUGCUGGCAAGUCUCAACAUUGCCAGCCAGAAUAUGAGGGAGAAGGGCAGAUAUCGUUUAACCAAGGAAUGGACCCAAUCACUCGUAAAGACAAACUUCGGGAUACUUGGGCAGGACGCUUUCUUCCAAGCACACAAAACAGAUGCUUCGUCGAGUUCUUGAAUGGCAUAUUUUAUGUAAAUGAUGAUGGGAAAGGGAUUAUUGUCUGCUGUACUGGAGGGCAUACUUCUGAGAAAGAUGUUUCCUCGUUCAAAUCAAGCUGCCACGAUGUAACCAAAGGUAUUGAUGAUUUAGCAUGGCGUGCUAAAAUAGAUAAUUAG